GGUCACUUUGGAAGUUCUUUCGGUUUUGUCGUAUGUUUUCGGGAUUUAUUAUACAAUUACUCUUUGAGGAGUCCUUUGUACAUUUAUCGUCUAUGAUAACCCUAAAGUAUUGAAAAGAGUGUCUCAAAGUUCCAAUUACUAAACAAUCGUAACGAUUUGAAUGUGCCAAUUAUAACUGAUGAUAUGAAACGUAAAGGAAGGCAAAGGACUUCAAAAUCGUCUGGUCGUUAUGGUUUGAUAAGUAGUUUGAAGUCUCAUUAUGAUGAUUCUCAAAUACACUCUAACUGUGGUUCACCAGACACCGGAUCAAAAUCAUCUCAUGCCCUUUCAAAAACACCAGAUGAUACAUCCAGUGAAUCAGUUCAUAGCCGCAGACUUCGUAAUAACUCUGAUGGAGAUGAAUACUCAUCACAAGUGGACUAUCGUAGCCGUCGUGGUAAGGAAAGAAGAGCACAAAACGAAAACAUCGAUCAAACUACAUUCAAAAACUUUGCAGAUGACUAUAGUAAUGAGUCAAGGGAUCAUGAAAGUUCACUUCCUACAGCACUUAGUAGUGAACAUGAAGUACCCUAUGAUGAUGAAUCUACUCGUGAGGCCUCUUCUGCCAAAGAUCUCAUGGGAUCACAAAACUCCGUUUUUGUCGAACCUCGUCAACCAGAUAAGGUUACUGUGGAUUACACUACUUCUCAUGCUCAAAGGAAAGUAAAUAAACGUGAAUUGAAGGCAUUGUUGAAACAAACCAAAAGGAAACCUUCGACAGUAGACGAGUCAGUGAUAGCUGCUAUAGACGAAUUGGCUGUUCAUUUGAAAGAUACCUGUGUAGUUGAAAUGAAAUCGAUACCUCGUCGACCGAUUCCAGUCGCCCCAUCGCCUCCGUCAAUCACCCAUCAUCAGCCUGAUACACCAUCUCGUAGGGGUAUAGGAGCACGUAGAGGUGGUCGCAGAGGUCGAGGUGCUCAUCGUGGUCGUGGUGGUUUCUCUUCUCCUAACUCUUCUGCUUCAAUAAAACAAUCAGUACUUCCAGCUUCAUGGGUCCCGCUUAUGUUGCCCAACCCUCUCCGAAAUCCUUCAACCCUAGAUUCAACAGAUAAUGAAAAUUCUGAAGCAAAAUCCAAACUGUGUAUGCCAUGGCUUCGGCAAUUAUCAGAAUCACGGGUGCAUCGAUUUGUUAUGAAUAUGCGUCGCCUCUUGGGUACACUGCAAAAUCCAUCGGAAACUUCACAUUCACCUAAAAAAUGUGUUGAUCUCAUUGAUUUAACUCAAGAAACACAAAUCAGUUCGAAUUCACCGAAUGAAAAAUUCAAACAGACAGCUGCACUAAAUGCUGAUGUACAAAAUCCUACUAACCUGAUGAUAUCAGGUACAGAUAUCAAUGUGAUGAAUUUGUCCACAGUUGACCAUAAUCAACAAUCCAGUAUCAGUGUAAAUCGAAGCGAAACUCCUUCUACAAACUUAGAACCAGUGUUUAGUGAAAGUGCAUUACCUCCCCGUUCUAUAGUAUCGCAUUUAGCAAGACGUCGUGGUAGAGGUAAACGACACCGUGGUGGAUUUUAUCGAGGUUUCCCAGGAAGACCCAGCAACAUGGGUUCAUCUGAGCUAGUUACAAAGGAUAGUGGUCAAUUUAUGCCCAAGUUAACUACUCCUAAAAACAAAUCUCGGGUUUCUCGUGAACUUCGUGGUCUUGUCACAUGGGAUGCUGUAAUGGCUGAACAACGAAAACGUGAACAAGAACAAAAAGAAUUGGUAGAGAAAGGCGAACCGCCUGUUUUUCGUCCAGCAGAAGUUGCCUUAUCUGUUGUAACUGAAUUAAUUGCUUCUGUAGAAGAAGAAGACACUUUAACACCUAAGCUUCGUCGAACUCGACAGUCUAGCGGUAGUGUACAUAGUCAUGCUACACAUUCAGCUGUUGGUUCUGAGACAGCAUCAAUGCAAACAACUGUUACUCCUUCUGAACAAAUUCCUUAUGAAAUCAACUGUCGAACAAAACCGAAUGAAUCCCUUUCUGUUAUUGCCUAUUCUGGACUGAGUACAGAAGUGUCAAGUGUAUCAUCGGAAAAUGCAACUGUACUACAGAAAUCAUCUACUACUACUAAUAGGAGUAGUACCAAGAGACCAGUUGAUGGUGGUAGUAGGCUUGAUGCAACAAUAGCAACAACAACAAGUGUAGAUCAUUCCAAUUGUGAACAAAAGGGUUCAUUUUCGGUUAUAUCUGAAGCAAGUGAACGAAAUAGUGAAAUGGAAUCUGCAGCAUGCAUUACCAAAUAUUCCCCAAUCUCUGUAGAACAAGAACCACUCGAUGAUAGUGUUUAUCAAUCUUCAGUUCCAGCUAAACGUGAUUUAAGUCCACGAACAUCUCCUGGUCGUCGAAGAAAGAGAAGUCGGCAUAAUCGCUUAUCAAAGACCCAUCUCCCCUCUGAUGAUAUGAAUCUCCAAACAGAACACUACAUCGCCAAUGAGACAUUAUCCCAUGGCGGUAUAACUACUAUUGAUUCACGACAACAACAACAACAAUUUGAUCUCAAUUCCCCGUCUUCUUCUUCUUCCCUUUUAAAUACUGUUGGUAAACGACGACGACAUGCACAUCAUUCAGCAAUUUCAAACACCAGCGAUGCAGUAGUUGCCGCCGCUGAUGAUGAUGAAGAAUUCGCCCAACAAUCUGUUUCACCGCUUGAAACAAGUAUUUCUGAUGCCUGUGAUAUUCUAUCCACCUCUACGCCAUCAUCAUUACCAAAUAAUUUAAGACGUUCCUCCAGUUCACGUCAUUCAGUUCUUCCUCCUCGUAAACGUUACAAAGUUGGAAUAAACACAUCGGAUGAUGCUGAUACACAUAUGUCCUCCAUACUAGAUUCAGAUCAUCCUACUGAUGAUUGUAUUAAAUCAAUGUCUGAUGAACAACCGACUACAGAUAUAACUGUAGUGGAUUUGACAGAAGUUGUACCUUCAACAGUUGAUGUCGGUCAACUUGUUGAUAAUCCUGAUACUAGUGUUGUUGUCGUGAAAAAGCGUGGUCGAGGCCGACCAUCAAGGCGUUCAUUAAAAUUGGAGCCUAUUAAUAAAAGUAUUGCCACCUCGCCUUGCUUAUCAUCAGAUUCAGUAUCUGUGAUGUCUGAUCGACCGAAACGUGAGGCUGCAGUGAUAGGUUUUGCGAGUUUAGUUGCUGCAAACUUGAAUAAUACAGGUGUAUCUGUAAAUUCUACUCCUGAGACUCCAGAUACCUUGAAUGUUCGAUCAGAAACUGGCAGUCUACCUUCUCCGAGUGUAUCUGUUAGUUACACUGAACACCAACACCAACAGCAGCAACAAGGUUCAACAGUAGAAGUUCUUGCCACUAAACCAGUAGUUGCGCCUCGAGGUCGUGGACGUCCUCCAAAAAUUAAACCCACUCAUUUAUUGAAUACAAAUAGUACUUUAAGUCCUAAUACAGAAAAAUCGGAAAACAAACCGGAAACAAUUAUAGGUCAUCGUAAACGAUCAGUAUUAUUCCAAUCACGUGGUAGUUCACCUUUAAUUACAUCGUCUUCCAUUAUAUGCUCUCAACUACCAGAGGGGGAUAAUAUUCCUAAUCACCAGCAGCAACAACAGCAGCCGCAGGUGUAUAGAAAUGAACAUGAAAGUCGUCAACAGCAUGAAACAACGACAGCAACAACAACGACAACUGAAGUCCCCACUGACAACAGUGCUGUAUUAAAAGAGGUUGACAAUAAUGAUCCCUCAUCCAAUAACCCUACAGAUUCAUCACUGCCUUCAUUAAAAUCAUCAAAGAUUUCUACAAAACAAACGAACAAAAAGCGUUUAAUGCCAACGUCUAAUGUUAAAACCAAGUUGUCUGAAAUUCAUUCAACUGGUCAAAAUACAUCUUUUAGAUUAGGCAUUCAUUCCUCUUCUUCUACUUCUGCUUCUCAGAUAUCAUCAUCAAUUAAUCAAAAAUCUGAUCGUUUACCAAGUCGAAAUAGUUUCUUCAAAGAUUCCCUUAUUUCAAGCCUUGAUCAAAUUCCUUUCCUCAAGGAUAAAUCGUUAACUGGUCCAUUGUAUGAAUUAUUCUGUCGAUUCUUCAAUGAACCUGAUCCUCUUGAACCAAAUUAUCGACUGUGUUCUCCUAUCAUUUAUUUGCCAUCACCUGAAAGAUAUCCAGAAUUCUAUCGAUUCACCCUGUCGUCUCAUCUCUCUGGUUCUGGGCUACAAGUGAAAUUCACAGCCGGAUUUAUCAAUCGUUUAUUUUCUCCAAUCAGUUUUCCAUGCAGUGAUAAUGAUAAUAGAAUAAUGGAUGAUGAAAUUUACAACAUUGAAUUCCCUUCUCUGUGCUUAGCUAGUAUUGCGUCAAGAUUUGUAAUGAACAAUAAUAAUAAUAAUAACAGUACAGAGGAGAAUAUGACUGAUUCUACAUCUAUAGUAGGAGUAGUUCCAUUGAAUUUAGAACUUUCAGAAGCAGAAGAGAAUUCUUAUAAAAUUGUAACAAAUUCUACUGAUUUUAUGGAGAGUUUACACAUCCUGGAUAUAUGUAUGGAUAAUAUAUUCUCUGUAUGGGAAGCUUUUACUGGACGUCGUAGUUGGUUCGGCCGACGUUUAUCACAGUUGAAAAGUGUUUAUGUAAAGCAUCGUACUGAUAUGGUCGAGUGUUUAAAACUUCAAAACUGCGUACCCGUUGCUAUGCCUAAAUCACUUGUACCGACUGGAAGUAAAUUUCAAAACAGCACUACAAAGAAGAAGGCUGAUCGUCGUGCUUUGGAACGUGGUGCUGAGGUUAUCCGAUGUUUAUGCGGUUUUCGUGUUGAAGGUGGUCAUGUUAUGGUUCAGUGUGAUCGUUGUGCAUCUUGGCAACAUCUCCCAUGUUUAUGGUGGGCACUCAGUCUUGCUAUUCGAAAUGAUACAAAUGAUGGAAGAAAUUCAAAUUUGGCAUGUCUGUGUCAAACUGCGCUGAUUGCUGCUCAAGCUGUUGGCAGUACAGGAGAGGGUAAUGAUGUCAAAUCAGAAGGUGGUGGUGGUAGUGCUGAUCGAGAAGCUGAUGCGCCAUACAUCUGUCCAGUAUGCUUGAAAUUGGAUAAUUUGACGAAAGAAUAUCCACGUUCAUUGUCAGCAGCUAUGAGUUUAAACGAUUUAGACGCUGUGUUUGAUUUACAAGACACAUUAGUAAAAGGUGAACAUGAAUUCUGGACAUUAGGUAGUCCAGAUGGGACAUGUCAAAUUCGUACAGAUGAUUAUGCAUUUGUUAAUCGUUUUUGGCUGGAUCAUUUAAAUACUUCUCAGGAUAUAUCAAAAGGCAUAAUCCCAUCAGUGCAUAUCAAAGAGCUUUUAGAGCAAUCUCAACGAACACCAGUGAAAUCAGCUUAUGAUCGCGUAAUAGUUCGAAUAUACCGUUUGUGGAAGGAUGUUGAUGGUUUUGCAUGGUUAGAAGGUGGUCUAUUCCUACGUCCCUAUGAUAUACCUCAACCGUCUCGAAUAGAUUCACCAUCAAAAUGUCCACAAGCCUGGCAUUCUAGUGAAGUUGUCUAUGAUGAGGCCAGGCGUGUUAUCCUACCGUUGAAUGCAUGGAUUGGUCGAUGCACCGUGUUAUGUCCUUCAGCAUAUCGAGUUGGUAGACCUGCUGAUCUGCUGUGCAGGGAACAUAUACAAGAAUUUCUGCCGACAGGGAAAAAUUGUAAUGAAAGUAAUAACAGUAACAAAACAAGCACUGGAUCAGAUGAAUUUCAACACUUUUUUGUCUGUGAAAAAUUGUUUGAACAACCAUCGUCUACUGGAAAUGGUCAAGGUUUUCGAUUUGAUGAAAUAUCUCCUGGAUAUCUGAAAGUCAAUAUGAAGCCAUAUUGCUUCCUGCGUAAAGCUGAUAAUCAGUGUAUUCGUGGUGGUUUACCUCGACAAUAUUCCGCCUCUGAUCUGCUUACUCAAGAUCAAAUACCGUUUACUACAAUGGAAAAACCGACAGUCAGUAAAACCUCAGAAGAACAACAUCCUCUUCUUUCAUCAGCAUCUGCAUCAUCAUCAUCUGUUCAAAGGUCUUCCAAUAAUGAAGAAGAGAAGAAUCCAGCACCGGCUGCAUUCGGAAGUUCAAAACAAAAGGGUGAAAAACUAGCACGUGUUGUUGAUUGGUUAGAACGUAAACGUCAGACAGGUGCUUUACAACAAACCAAUGCAAUGCUAUCACUUCAAUCUACAUCACUUGAAAAUGAAAUUCCGUCUAUCGCUGCUGCUGCGACUGCUCCUCCUCCUCCUCUUUCUCCUAUUCUUUCUCGUUUUUCUGCUCCUCAACCUUCAUGUGUUGUGCCAGUGAAAAACGAUGUAGACGAUGAUACAGAAAUGCGUGAUUUAUCUACUUCUAUUGAAGUUUCAAGUCCAACUAGCCGUGGAAAAGGAAGAUUUGGUACUCCUACUAAAUCUUUGAAAUCAUUACGUUCACCUCUUGGUGCUGAAUUAACUCCGAAAAAGUCCUCCUCCUCCACCAGUAGUCAGAAUGACACCGCAGACAUUUCAACGAAGAAGUCACCAAAAUUGGAGAAUAUCAAUGUUUUAGAAGGUAAUACUGAUGGAAACGAUUCCCUAGGUAUCGCUAGUUCAGAUCAUGUAACUAGUGAACGCACAGCUUCCCCGUCUACAAUUUCAGAAAAUAUUACUCCAAUCUCACCUAGUAGAAAUAGUAAUAAUAAUAAAGACGAAGAGAAUACGAGAAUUAAUUCACCCAAUAUUCAAAUAACCCCUGCGCAUAAUGAAACUUCUCCUGUAUCCUCCUGUAGUCUUUUUAAACCUGAACUACAAAAUGAAGACUCUUCAUUAGAUGAUAGUCUAGUAAAAAGUGUUUCAUCAACCAGCCAGUUGACAUCGCCAACUUUAUCGACUACAACAGAUGAUCAUUCAAAUAUUUCAUUAUCGCCAGGUGCUGGUUCUUCAAGAAAACGUAAACGUCCUGUGACACGUAAAAGAUUAAUUCAUGAACCAGAAUUAUUACCUCCAGGUGUUGAAAUGAUAUCUGAUGAUAGUAGUACUUGUAUAACUACUACUACUACACCUCAUCAUCAUCAGAUAGCUGAAUUAAACACUGGCAGGUCGAUUGAUGAAGAAAAUCUCGGCGGCAGCAGCACCAGCACCGCCAAUAACAACAACAAUGGUCAAAAUAUGGAUGAAUCAUCUUCAGAUAAAGAUUUAUUGCCUUCAACAGGAGUAAUAGUGGAUCAAGCCUCAGAAGAACAUAUAAUAAUAAGCCUGUAUGCAUACGUGUCAAUCCAUUUGAUGUUGGAAUAUGAAACGUGUUGUCUGGAUAUACAACCGUUAGGUAUGAUGAAUCUUCCAUCUACUGAAGUGAUUGCUGAAACUAGUUGUUUGUCGUCUGUCUACGAGAAACCAAUUAUUAUCUCUGAUCAUCAUCAUGAGGAGCCGGAACAACAACAGCAGUCAGAGUGUAUUGAUGAUCCUAUGACUUCUCCAGACACCACAGAGUUGUCAAACAUCAACCAGAUAUAA